AUGUAAAAAUAGAGACUCAAGUAAUUGCAACUUGAUUAACCUACUCCUAUUAAGCAAAGUUCAGCAUAUCGUAAAUUUUAUGAUGAGCAAUUUGUUAUUCUAUAAUAACAAUACCCUAAAAGAACAACAGAAGAACUUAUUAAAUUGAUUAAGUUAAAAUGGAAAGCCAAAGAAAGAAUGAAUACACAUAAGUAUUUCUAAAAAAAUGGGUUUGUGAACAUAAAUGAUACUGAAAGAGUCCCUGUACCUUAACCUCCUCCUUCUGUUAUGAUAAUGUUUAAUAAUUUAUAAUGUCUCCAAGCUUCCAAAAACAAAUGAGGUAGCAUCUUGAGAUGACCCAUCCCGAGUACAAUGGAACAUAGAUAGAUCGCACUAUUAAAUUCGAAUGGGGUUCAAAUUCGGCCUUGAAAGAGAAAGCUGCCGAUGAAUAUAAAAAGUUGAGACAAGUUAAUUAGUAUAAAAUAUGUAUAGGAAUUUGAAAACCAAAAGAAAGAAUUCAUAAUUAAAUAUGGUUUCUGGCCAUAGCAUAAAAAGUUUUAAGGUGAGUAAGUUAAAUAGAUCCAAAAUACCAGUUAUCAACCAAAUCCAUUGGUUUAAUUGCUAAACAAAAAAGUCAAAUAUGAAUGAAA